AACAAAUAAUAAGGAAGGGACAUGUAGCAAGUCUAGUUCUCUUCCUGCACUUCGACUUCCUCCACCAAUGAAAAACUGACCGCCCUGAUAUAAGCAAGGGUUCUGGAUAUAAAUGGCGUUACACCUUACAAUAACUCUAUACACCCAAAGAUUUGUAUAGUACAUAAAUCCUUGAUACACCUAAUACAAGUUCACCUACUGCUAAUAAUAUUUGAGAAACGGACCCGAUCACAAAACAUAACAUUUAUCAUUGAACCAUGAAAUAUAAAGCUUUAUGCAAAUAAUGUAUGUCAUUGUCAGAUUAGCAUAAGUAUAUCUCGCACAUUUCAUCUUGUCACAGAGAGAAAAAAACAUGGACAAAUCUAGUCUAGUGAUUGCAGUAAUAUAAACGUGAAAAGAUAUAAUGCACAUGAUUUAUUGUUGAUACAUAUUUUUUUAAAUGUUUUUGAAAAUUACUUUAAUACAGUAUAUUAUCUUUUUGCUUAACCACAGACACAUCGAUGGAGACUUCUACAACAUCAUCAACCACCAGGUCUCCAACAACACCAGCACAUUCUGACCACUUAAGCUGUUAUUCUUGCAAGUUUCUGUCAAAUCUACACAAUUGUCGAUUUGCCAAGCAUUGUCCAACAGGAUCUUCAUGUUUAACAGGACAGUUGAUAAGUGGAUUAUAUUACCUAGACUGUGUACCUUCACCAGCAUGUGUGGUGUUACCAGCACAACUGCAAUCCGCUGGGAAAGUGACAUAUCUCAAUCAAGAGUUCAAACAUUUUCAAUGUUGCACCAACUCUAAAUGUAACAAAAAUGCUGAACAACUUGUUGGAUAA